UAUCAAUUGACAAGGAAUACUAUUGAUAAUCUAGUUAUACACGAAUAGUUCCUCUCAUUGAAAAUGUCGUAUUAUGACAUUGAUGCCAUCUUGACGGAUUCCCAAAAACUACCCUGCACGUUUGAAUUGGACGUACCUGGUCUUGGUAUUUUGGAGGGGAAUGCGGGGGAAAAUAUCAAAGCAGGAACGCGCAUUGAUUUGCCAUUAUGGCUGGGUGAGAUGCUUUCUAUCGGUGCCCGCCUGGGAACCUCCCGCCUAGUCACGCUGGAUCUCCCCUCCGCGCUCUCAGAACGAGUCAUGAAUGCCUUGAAGGCUGAUCCUCGGACGGUGGAUCUGCGGUCCCUGGCACCGCAUUUCUAUAGUUUGAGUGAGCGGAUUCUGGAGCUGUUUGAGGAGGAGGAGUUGGUGGAGGUUUUGAGUAAUACGUUUAAGAAGCGUUCAGCGGUCAUUGCGGAUCAUGCGCAUAAUCCGCAGGGUGCUUUAGGGCAGGGAGCGGAUUUCUUGCGUGGGUUGGAUGAGACGGAGAGACAGCUUUUCCGGGUUGCGCAUGAUAGUGCUAAGGAGACGCGGGUCUGGGCUGGAGAGGCGAAGAAGAAGUGAUGGUAUUGGGUGGAAGGUAUGGG